AAGCCUCUGAGACAUCAGCAGAGCAAAAAGCAUUCAGCCAAUGGACUCAUGGCUGGACUUUGGUGCAGAAGUCCCGGCCCCCAUUCAGUACAAUGAGCAGCAUGCGCCCCUAAAAACACCACCACCCCACAUACUUACCACAUUUUGGAGUAAUACUAAUUACCAUCGGAAGAUGGAAGCUGCCAGGCUGUUAAAGUCUAAAACAAGAAUGUGCGAACCUGAGCCUCUCCAGAUGUGACUGGACUCCGGCUCCCAUCAUCCCUGGCAAAUAUGCCCAAAGGCCAGGGCUGAUGGGAGCUGUAGUUCAGCAACAUCUGGAGAGCCAGAGGUUCCCCCUCCCACUCUUGGACUACCAGCUCUGAUUUCACAUCCACCCACCAUCCCAGUCUUUGUUAUUUCCUCCCUGAGCUCAUAGAAUAAGUGACGCGAAAAAGUUCCUCUUUCCCACUCGGAAGAGGAAGCUUCAAAAGCCCCAUUCCUCCCCCCUUUAAGUAACGGUCUGCGGGAAGGGCUGGAGAGGGGAAGAGGCGUCGGAGGAGGCCACUUUGGCGCGCGCUCCCCCCGCGUAGUCCCGGGACAGUAAAAACUGGAGAGGAGGAGGAGGCGGCGGCAACGAGACAGGAAACCGCAAAGGGAAGCCGUCCUCCAGGCAGAAAGUUUCAGCCAAGGGAGUUUGGAGAGGACGAGAGCGAGAGGGAAACGCGGGGAACCCGAGAUCUGAUUCCAGGAACGGGGAAGCUCAGCUUCCAAAGUAUUCCUCAGCCCAUUUCAGAGGCGGCUGGAUCCCAGCGCACCAGCAGAUCGGAGAUCUACCGCGCCGGGGGAGGAGGAAGAGGCCGCCCAAGUGUUGUCGGCUGUUGCCGGGAGGAAGGAGGCGGGGGUAUCGGCUGCUGGGCCCGGGGCCCUGCAUCGCGCGUCCCGGUGGACGGGAAAGGAUCGCUGGAAAGGAUCGAUUGACUUGCUCCUGAUCCGCUACAAUGGGCUGAAGAGAUUUCACUUAAAAACAGAGAACCGUGGGGCUCUCUUGACUAGCAGCACCGCUUGAGUGCCAUGCCCUCUGUGCGCGCUCAGAGGCACCCUUUGCGCCGCAGGCUUCGCGACUGAACUUUCCCGGCGCGCAACGAGGCGCCAUGACCGCCUACAGACUCAACUUGCGCGUCUUCUGGCCGCUGGUGACGUGCGGCUGCACCGCGAUCCUGUACGUCUUGCAAGCGCUGAGCAGCAGCCAAGCCGGCGCGGCCCUCGAGGGCUCCGGCUUGGGCGCCCCGCUGCUGAAAGCCUCGCUGCUCCUCUUGCUCCUCCUGGCCUGCUUGGCGCUGCGCUAUCGCGCCCGGCUGCCCGGCCGCGCCCAGAGACCCGCCGGCCUGGCGGAGAGCCCCGAGGGUGCCUGGAGUGAACUUCGACGGCGGCGGCAGCAGCGCCGGCGCGACUUGCUGGGGGAGUUUUACGAGCAGCAGUUGCGGCUCUCGCCCCACGUGCUGGGCCACAGCAAGGCGCACGUCAGCCUGGUGGUGGGCGAGCUGGUGCGCGCCGGCAAGGCCCCGGACCGGCUGGCGUCGCGCGGGGACUUCGUGCAAGUGGGCAGCGCCUACGAGCAGCACAAAGUGCGCAGCCCGGACUGCUUCGACGUGCUGGUGCCUCUGCGGUUGCCGCCCCGCCUGGAGCUGCGGGUGCAGCCCCGUCGGGGGACCGAGGCGGGCCUGCUCGGAGCCUUCGUGUGCGCCCUGCAAGUGGCGGCCGGUUGCGCGCACGACGAGGCGGGCAGCGGCCCCUCUCCGCGCGUGGCGGGGGCGCUGAGCGAGGCGCUGUGCGUGGAGCUGCCGUCGGCGCAGGGCGGCGGGCGCCACCUGUCGUCGGCGCUGGUGCUGCGCUGGUUCCAGGGCCACGUGCAGCGGUGCCUGGGGGCCGUGCGCUCCCGCCUCCAGGAGCGCUGCCGGGUCAGCUUGGCCGUCGGGCCCGGGCGCCCGCUCACCUUGCAUAUCGCGCCUCGCUCCGACUACGUCUGUUGCCACCUUUCCAUGGCCGUGCGCCUCACCCCGGCCAUCCCGUUCGGCGAGGCGCUCUACCUCACCCCUUUGCCGUCGGCCCAGCCGCCGGCUCCCGGGAAGCUGGGAGCCUUCUGGACGCUCAACGUCUCCAAACCGGAGCAGAAGCUGCUGGGCUUCUUCAAGGAGCAAGCUCCUGCUGACUCCUGCCACCUCAAGUGCCUGCAGAUCCUCAAGGGGCUGAGGGACCUGGGGGGACGCUCUCUGGAGCAGCCUCUGGGCUCUCAGUGGAACCGGAUCCUUUCUUCCUAUGUCCUCAAGACGGCACUUUUGUGGCUCCUCCUGCGGGGUCCCUUGCAAGCUUGGGAGGACCAGUUCCUGGUGGAGAGGCUGGAGAACCUCUUCCUGUUCCUCGUGGAAAGCCUGCAGAGGCGUGAGCUGUUGCACCUCUUCUUGGGGAACCCCAAGCUCCCCGAAGCCCUGAGCCUGCCCAAAAUCCUCAAGGAAGCCGCUCCGGUCAACCUGCUGGCCGACUUUGAUGGCCCAACCUUGGACAAGGUGGCCGGCCAGCUCUUAAACACUUGGAAGCAGGCGCCCAAGAUUAUCAGGAUGUACAGUGGCCACAGAUACAGGAGAAAACAUCCUGCCUGAGAACAGAGCAGAGGACUCUCAGUUUAAGGGAGCACCAUUUGGGCUGUGCGUGCCUUUCCUCAAUCUGUGGCCUUCAUAAUAUUAAUUGCAGAGUUGGAAGGGGUUGUAGAGGUCCUCUAGUCCAACCCCUGCUCAAAGCAGGAUUUGAAGUGUGAGAAUAAGCAUCUACAGAGAGAUCACCACCAUCCUUCUGCUUAAACACCAGCAAAGAAGAGACCCACUAUCUCCCUAAUGGCCCAGCAGCUCUUACCAUUAGAAUGUCCUAAAGCUUAGCUGAAAUCUGCCAUUUCCAUCCUUUAGGUUCUAGUUGUGCCUUCUGAAGCUUCAGAGAACACGUUUUCUGUGUCUUCUUAGUGAGAGCCCUUCAGAUAUUUGAAGACCAUUAUCCUGUCUCCCGUUAUUCUCUUCUCCUGGUGUUAGGGCUUGUUUUCAGACUUGUAACUAUCCUCUGAACCAGAGCCUCCAUGUCUUGCUGAACUACAACUCCCAUUAUCCCUGGCCUAUUGGCCAUGCUUGCUGAAGCUGAUGGGAGUUGUAGUUCAGCAACAACCAGAGGACCAGAAGUCCCCCACACCUGUGUUGCCUUAAAUGCAUGAUCACACUUAACAUAUCUGUAAAACCUCUUCACACCUUUGAAUGACGGUUUCUUGGAAUCACAGGUGAGAAGAGCCCAGUUGGGAUCAGAUACUGCUUAUAGGUUUCCCAUGGGCAUCUUGUUGGCCACAGUGAAAGCAGGAUGCUGAAGUAGAUCAAUCAUCAGGGCUCUUCUUAUGUAUGAACAGGAAUCUGCUAUUGACCUCAACAGCAGCCUCUGUUCCAUAUUCAGUAGCAACUUUUGGGGAAGAGAGUUUUGUCAGAACUUAUGAAGUCCCUCCCCCUUACAAUCCUGAUCCUCUCCAGUUGCUAUUUUUAAAUAUAUAAAACACAUGUUUACUGUAAUUAUGCAUUUGAUGUAAUGAGGUGUUUUGGCCCAUAGGUACUUUCCUUUGGAAUGUGGUUAAGUCAUCACAAUGGGUCUGUCCUACUCUCAUGUUUUUCACAUGGUUUUUGCUGUCUUUCGAAUGCACCACUUACCAGAUGCAGAGCAUAACAGAGCACAUGGUCUCCUGAUUGUGCUUACCUCUGAUAUCUUAAUGCAUGCUGGUGCAGGAGCAAAUGGUCCACAAUGACAACAUAGAAUGUGGGUGCUGUUUUUAAAAAAUGACAUAAAAAAUGAGUGUGGCCACAGUGACAACAUGUCACUGUGCUGUUUUAAGAAACGACAUCAAAAACAAGUGCAAAAAUUCCCCUUAAAUACACAGGUCCGCACUACUGCUGGGUUAUUUUAUGGACUUCAAAUUAAAUAGAAUAGUUCUGAUAUCGCUAAUCAAGUAGUGGGAUAAUUUUGGGGAAAUACUGUGCCUUGCACCCUGAGAGUAAACACAGGUUUGUCUCCAACCGAGUUCUGCUCAGGGAAUUGAAAUGAGUAGACCUACAAAUUUGUCAUUCUCAUUCACUUCAAUUGUUGUGCUCAUAAUAAGACUGAAGUUUGACGUAACUCUGAUUUUUGGGGGAAGUGAGUCUGGUCCAUUUCCUCUGGAUGUAUCAAGGUGCAGAAUUUCACCCUAAUAACCACUUGCAAGCCUUCUUCCCCCAGCAUUUCUUAUUACAAGCUGUUGUGGUGAGGUGGGUUCACCUUUUGGACAUUUGUAUCAGCAAGCUGAAAUAUAUGUUAUGCUUGAAGAGGGAACCCGUGUGUGGAAGUAGCGUGCAGCAGCUCCUCUGGGCAGCUUCCCUUUCAGGCAGGUAUGGGGAACCUGUGCCCCCCGAGAGAUCACUGAACUACAAUUCCCAUCAGCCUCAGCCAGCAUGCCCUGGACACCAGGAACAACUAGAAAACCACAGGUUGUUUAUCCCUGCUCUAAGGCAUUACUGUGGAAGAAUUUGGUUGUGUGUGCACUAUAUCUUGGAAGCAUGUGUCCUCAAAGAAUUCUGGGCUCUGUUAAGGGUUUGUUAAGCGUUGCUGGGAAUUGUAACCGUGUGAAGUGCUCAUAAUUCUUUUGAAGGGAGUGCAUGUGCUUCAAAUGUUUAUACACAGCCGACAAAGCCAGAGUUGUGUACGAUAUCCAGAACCGCUCUUGGCCUUGACUCGGAAUGUGCUUAUAGCUACAAGAGCCCUUUAUCUCUAGUGUGGGUGAGGAUUUUUACAUGCCACUGCGCUCAAACUAUUUGAAGUGAUGUGGUAUGCGAACUCACAGUCUGCACUUAUCUGAACGGCUCAUGUGACCCACGAUCACAUUCCCCCCCUGCCUAGCUGGAAACAAAAUUGGGUGUCCUCUGUCAUGUGAUUUGGCAUUAGGCCUGAGGACCUGAACGAUUUUCCUAACGUCUCACAUAAUGUGGGUCAAUCAUGAACACCAAAGAUGGGAUGCCGUGCUGGAUGGUGAUGGUCAGGGAGAUGUUGGUGAUGGGAUGUGAAAUGGUGACAUUUCCCCAAGAGGGCAUGAGAGAUCUAGCUGUGAUCAGAAGGGAAGUCUCAUUUUGGGGACUUAAAUACAAAUAUGCGUUCAGAGACCAAAAAUAUUAGCACUUUGUUUUCAUAAAGGCCUCUUAUUUUCACUCUUGCAGUGUGAAUAGGCUGUGUUAAGCAUUUUUUCUCUGAAACGCCUGAGCAAUACUAAGCAAAGAAUUGGGUAAAAGAAACAGGUACGCAGAUUUUCAAUAAGCUGCCUUUAAGAGGGCAGAUCCAGAACACUUACAGUACCUUAAGAGGUGCUGUCAAACCUAAAUCAGUAUUUUGCUUUAACCAGCUGCCUUGUUGAAAGCUACUCUCCGGUGUGUGAUUUAGAAGAAUCCAGCUCAGGGGUGGCUGGGAGGUGUGUAUAAACCCUCUUGUUGCUUCUGACAACAAACUUUGUCUGUUGACUGUUCCAGUGAAUCGCUUGGUGCUGGGCCAGGCUAAAGUCUUCCCAGAUUAAAAUCAACAGGAGCUUGGCUUUUAACCCCUUAGUGCACAAAAGCACAGCAUACCAAAGACUUGAGGACCUAGUGCUAUGCUCUCCGGUGCAUGGCUCUUGAGAAGCAAGUCCCACUUAGUACGAUUUCCUCCUGAGCGAAUGAAUGUGCAUAGGAUUGGGGCCAUUGUGGGUGGUGGGAGCAGACCCUUCCGCUCGGAACUGCUUGCAGUGCUUAGCCACAAAAAGGAAAUAAAACUGAAGGGGGUCUCUGUAAGGGCCCUGGCAUCUCCCCGAAGGAGCCAGGUGUUGGCGCUGACCCCAGCUGCUUCACAUGGAACGUUGUCCACAUAAAUAUAGGUACAGGGAUAUUGACAUGGUAGCAGAUAACGUCAUCAAUCAUAGCUGGCAGACUGGUCUAGUAUCAGCAUGCAAGUCAGUUUGCUUUUAGUGGUCAACCUGACACUCGGUUAGUUUUCCCCCACUGCCGCCUAAGAUAGGCUAUCGCUGAUUCCAGCUGUUUUGGGACUACAAUUCCCAUCAUCCCUGACCACUGGUCCUAUUAGCUAGGGUUGGUGGGAGUUGUCCAAAAACAGCUGGAGACAAAAGUUUGGGAAACACUGGGCUACCUGGGCCUUUUCUGAUUUUGGAGGCCCGAUGGAACGGCGCCUUUCUGUUUCCCAUUCGAGGUUGCAGAACGAUGCUUUGUGUCUCGUGCCUUUGUAAUGCCAGUUUUGACACCUAAGUUACUCAGCAGCUUUCUUGACUGGUUUACAUGUAACAUGUUAUUUUAUUUUGGAGGUGUAGACACUUUGCACCCACUAUUUGCUAAUAAUUAGUUUCCUUAGGCUUGUCGGCAUUUGGGGAGCCUUUUCUAGACUGAGGGCCACAUUCCUUGGUGGGCAACCUUCUGGGGUCCGCAUACCAAUGGUGGGCAGAUCCAAAGGCCCCAAAUGGGCAAAGUGAUGAAUGAGGCUUUGUUAUAAUAGGCUGCAUUCCAGCCAAGCGAACAACCUCUGUUUCUACACACACACACCUCUCUCAAGCCUUCUAUGCUAACAAGAGGUAUUAUUAGAGUUCAAGGAUGCACACUGAGGAGCAUGUAGAUCUGGGCUGGUGAGAUAUGCUGUCUGGGGGAGAGUGCAUGGGUUCUGGAGUGUCAUAUAGAAUGGCCUGGAGGAUCACAUUUGAGGUUCGGAGGUUCUAUAUUCCUGAUGUCUCAUGAGCCUUUGCAUAGAAUGGAAGGUUGCAACAGCAAGAAUGCUGCCAUCGCUGUUAACAGGGAGGUGCGGUUGGCUUUGGAAAUGAAGGGAGAUGGGAAGGAAAUGUGUUGGAAGACAUAGUUGGAGCAGUAGCCAGGAAAAUUGAAAUCAAAUGUUUGUGGAGGUUGGAGAAGGGACUGGGAAGGAGGUAUAAAUGAAAGCAUUGCGAGGGGGUGGGCAGUUUGAGCACGUGGCAAAUUAGUUCCUAAGUCAUUAACAAUAUUCAGUUGGCUAAUACCGGGGUCAGGACCUCCUUACUGGAACUUUCUUAAUGGGAAGGCCUUCCUGCUCUGAGACAAGUGUUGUGGCAGGAAAGCUCCGAUGGUAGAACACGAGACUCUUCAUUUCAGGGUUGUGGGUUCAAGCCCCAUGUUAGACCGAUAAUAAUAAUAAUCCUGCAUUGCAGGGGGUUGGACUAGAUGACCUCGUGGUCCCUUCCAACUCAAUUCUAUGAUAUUCUUGGCACUUUAUAAUUGAAUUUUGCUGCUGGGGAAGAGACGGUUGUUUUGUUUUGCUGGUGUAAGCAAAUGGCUUUGCUCCAUCAUGUCCAGCUUGGGUGUAUAUGAAGAUGUGAUGCUCACUUAAGGUGGAGAGGGGAGCCUCAGGCCUAGGGGGUAAAUGCUUCCCCCCCCCAGGCCUCUCUGUCUGGCCUUGGGUCUCACUCUGCUCCCCAGCUACACGCCUCAAGGAACCUUGCUUUACACCCUUCUUGAGUGAUUUGGAAUUUGUCCUUCACCUCUGAUUCUGUCUCUCAGUUGUGUUAGCUUGGUGUGCUGUGGUUCCUGCAUUUCAUGGGGUUGGACUAGAUGACCCUUAGGGUCCCUUCCAGCCCCACGGUUCUGUGAUUCUGUGGAUGGAGGAUAGAGAGGUGUGUGCAUAGAAGCUGGCCUAUUGUGCAAAGGAGAAACUUGUUUUCAUUGCCCCACCCACUUUUGCCUCUGGCCCCACCCAUCACUUGCAUGUGGCCCCUGGAAGGCCACCCAGAAGGAUAUGUGGCCCCUGGGCUGAAAAAGCUUGGACUAAUGUAAAGAAGGGUUCCAGGAGACCACUGCCCAGGCGGAGGGAGCCUGAAUGUGAAUACUUGGAUUUAAUUAUCUGAAGGAGAUGCUUGUUAUGUUGGACCAGAGUGGUCAUUUUCAGAUGUGCUUGACCACACACCAAAACCUGUGUGUGUGUGUGUGUACGUGUGUACCUUGCACACAUUCAUUUUCCCGCUGUUGUUUUUGCAUGCCUUACUCUCCAGCCGUUCAGUGUGAGUCAUCUCUCCAUCUCUGCAGAAAUUCAUCAUUAGGAGUUGUUAUGGGUGGGUUGAGAAAGCUGCAGGAUGGAGGGCUUGUUUGUCAAAUAGUCUCGUAGUCUAAUGAGAGACUAAAUUGAAGAGCCAGGCAAAGAAGCACAUCAUUUUGGACACUGCUGUGUGGCUUCUUCUUUUUUUACCCCUCCACCCUGCACAUCAUAUUUUCGAAGCACUAGAAUCUAAGCCCAGGCUCUUGUUUCUCAACCAUCGAGGGAUACAAAUGCAUUUACCUGUACACACUUAACCUGGGAGUAAGCCCCACUGAACACGGCAGGACAUCUGAGUGAAACAUAUAUAGAAUUCCUUUAUAAGAUAAUCUUGCAAAGCAGUCACUUCCUUAGUCUCCUGUGGUGAGCAGUGAUUGCCUCCAGGUGACCACAUAUGUAAACAUUUACAAAGGUUAGCUAUCCGGUCCACUUUGUGCCACAGAUGAUUAACAUAGGUACUAGUAACUUUUGCAUACUGAUUUCCAAAAUUGAUUUCAUAUUUGCAGUAUUAUACGUACCAUACAUCUUGCAGGCAUGGCUGGUGUUGGUUAUAAUUUUCUCAAUCAUAGAAUCACUCAGUCUGGACUCCGGAAGUGUUCCUAUACCUCUAGAGUUGUGUAGAAGUAACAAUCUGGCUCUAGUGAAGUUUCCCAAAAUGAUAAUCUUUGGUAAGCAACUCCGAAGGUGGGAGACAUGGAGCUGAUACCUCUCCCCAUUCAUGUAGUGAAAUAGUGGAAACGAGAACUUGCUUUAAGUCCCCCCUCCCCAGAAGAAACCAUUCCUCUUUCAGGUUUUGCAUCUUGUUGCAAAAUAAUGCAAACAAAACCUUAACUUUACAACUGACAAUUGUGGUACCAUAAUAGCUAUUCGUUAUCUGUCAGACCAAGUGUGUUUUGAUGCUUAUUGGAAGAUGCAAAAGCACAGUGUUAUUUAAUUGUUUAAAAUUUGGAGGAGUGGUGUUAAGAUGUUAAUUAAGUUUUUUAAUGUCAUGAUUUUUUCUUGUUUAUGAAGUUGCUAAUAAUAAUAAUAAUGUGCUCACUUUUUCCAAUAAAAAGCUGAUCGUAUUUGAAUCUUGCCACUAACAAUAAACAGCUGUUUGAAGCC